UAAUAAGUAAAAAUUUUAUGAAUUUUAUUUACUGAUUUUAUUAUUAUUUGCGUGCUUAAGUGAAACUCAAUAUUGUAUAGUGAAUAGUGAACAAAAAUAAGUGAUUACGGUGAUUUAUUUUAAUUGAAAAAAGAAUCGUAAUAGAAGUGACGACUUCCGACGGUUCCAUCAUUACUUCUUCUCGAACAUGAUUUUAUAAAUGGAUAUAUUUACUUCUUGGGGAUUUCUCUCCAAGAUGAUCAGAAUCUGUCUUUACGCAGUAUUCGCAUAAUUGUCACAGUGGAGUUCUGCUUAAUCGCAGAAUCUACGAACGAUCUCGUCACUCCGGCGAACAGCGCGCUCUUAAUCCUCUAUAAUCUACUAUAACAUUCAGCCUCGGGAGGGGGAGGUUCGAUGUUGGUCCCUCCCGUGGCCCAAAGUGGGACUGGGGAUCGUCCCGUGGGCGACACGGGUGCCCGGGCCCAACAAACAUCAGGCCCUGCAGCAGCAGCAACUCUAUGGCCCUUAGCAUCCGCACAGUCCAAUCAAGUUCCAAACCAACAGUCUCAGGGUAUUCCAUCUUUGGCUGCUACUCCCGCGCCAGCUCACAAUCAAGGUGUGAGUCGUUACGGGCUGUAUUCGUUAUUCCCUGGGGGUGGCGGGGGCAGUUACGUCGCAGCCACUCCCGCCACCCCUGGACCACCCACACCUGCACGAGCUUAUCACGCGACAACACACAAGGCAGAACGAACAGUUUCAGAAAGCGUGUUUUCCGCGGCUGUUGGGGUCGGAGUAGGUGGCUACACUUGGGGUGCUCCCACGCCACCUCCUGGAUCACCGUACAGUCCUGUCCCUGUAACGCAGCUCGAGCUGCUGGCCAAGAAUUUGGCUAGUUUGGCUCCUCCAGGUCAACAGGCGCUCAGUCUUCAAGGUGUUGGUGUGAACGUAGGAAGUUUGCAUCACGCCCAACACACCCAACAUACGCAGCACACCCAGCAUACUCUUAAUCUGACCGGUCUUCAUCAUCUUCAUCAUGGAGGCUUGCAUCAGAAUAGCUUCUCCCCUCAACUAUCCUUGGUAACCGGGAAUGCGCCCACGCUAACGAUCAACAGCUUCUCAUCACCGAAUUCGACAGGCAACGUAGUACCGACGACAGGAGUAUUGCUUCAGGAAUAUCAGUCGCCGACAGGUUCGACUACCGGAUGUUCGGUCACCGUAAAUGGCACCUCGUGCCCUACGAGCUCGACUACGAGCACAAUGGUAGUACAGGGAGGCCAAACUGGCAACCAGAUCGUCCAGGCCACCAGCAAGAAACGGGAGGCCUUCCUACCAAGUCAAGGUCAGCCGGUGAAACUGGAGAACAAAUCAACCAGACAGCCCUGUAUUUGCAGAAACAGCAACGGAAAAACAAAGGCAGUGCAUUCGGAUGCAGGAUGUAGCAGAACGUUGCCAGUCGCAUCCUCUUGGAACGGACAAGAUGUGAACUCCAAUGGCAAUAACAAUGGAGGUAACAACUUGGUAAAGAGGGAACCUUUGGCUUCGGUGCCAUGUCAGGUCGCUGAAGUCUCGACAUCCCUUCAUGCAACCACUACUUCCGUAAAAAUCGAACCAGUUCCUCCAAAAUCAGAAAAUGGGAUUGUGGUGUCGAAUGCAGGAGCUGGUGGCGUGCCAGUCGGGAUCGCGGUGGCCAGACAGAGAUUGCAGCACCAGGAAACAUCCACUUCGAUGCGCAAUGUUUCUCUAAGUCAUCACACUUCGCAUCAUGCGAGUUAUCAUCACUUCCAACCUGACAAUCUAGGUUCGAGCACGGCCAUGGCAGUAGGCGGUGCGACCCUGGUGCAUUGCGGAGGAUCUGGAGGGGAAGACCGACCGGCCCAUCUUGCCAUUCCCUCGGGAGCUCUUGCACCCUCGUUGAAUGCCGCUCUUGGCUCGAGCCUGAAUUCCAGCUUGAAUUCCAGCUUAAAUUCCACAUUGGGUAGCAUCGGUGCCGCGGCAAGCGCGGCAACCGCUGCUACGGCCGCGGCCACAGCCACAUGGCCGCCAACCUUAUGGCAGUACCCUGCGGCGGCCGCGGCUGCUGCAGCUGCAGCUGCAGCGAUGCCAAUGGAACCAGUUGGUUUUCCUCAGAUGGGUGUUGGUCUUCAAGGUGGCCUACAAUUGGUUAGAGAUCCAACGACAGGUCAUCUUCUCCUUAUUCAUGCGGCUGAACAAAUGCAACAAGCAGUAGUAUGGCCAAAUUAUUCGAAUCAUAAUAAUGGAAAUGUCGCGCCACCGUCUCUUUUGCUUCCGCCUCCACCACCAUCUCUUCAGCUCUUGAGCGAUAUCGGUGGCGCAAGACUAGUCCUCACUGAAAGCAAAAGAAAACAGCAGAGUACUUUACCUAUUGUCAAAAUAGAAGCAGAUUGUGGCACCAAUCCUACUACUAUAAUCACCUCAACGGAAUCAACAAAGGCAUUGCAGACUGUGACUUCGAUGACGGGAACCCUCGUACCAGAUACACCCCUUGUAACCACGUUGCAUUAUUAUCCUCAUGCUCCUGCAUUGGUGCAAAUCAGUCAAGCCGAGCCAACGCAUUGCAGAUCACAGCAGCGAAAUUCGUUUCUGUCGAAGGCGACCUCGCCGGUCUCGUGUUUGACGCCGCCGCCAGAGGUGACGCCGAUCCACACGAUCGAGCCACCGGAAGUGGGGCUGAUAGUGGGGGUGCAGGAUGCGUCGAACCAGACGGACGCACCGGAACCGGAGGAUCAGGAGCAACCGUUGGUCGAGGCAUGCGUGAAGCAGGAGCAAAGUUUGAGUCCCUGUCAGUUGCAGAACUCGGCCAACCUGACAACCACUACCACCAACCUGACGAAUUUGACCAAUUUCGAGAUCGUGGCCACAUCGCCGGAGAAGGUGUGCAAUGUCGUUCGAAUAACCACCACCACCACGACCGUGAAUCCAGGGGUAUGUGGCAUCGUGGGUAAGGUAGACAAAGCAGAGAACACGAUCAUCAAUAUGGCCGAUUGUCCGAAAUACUCGAUCACGAAGGAGUGUAGGAGUGUAACAUCGAUCGACAGGACGAUCGAACAUGUGGUCACCAGGCAAAUCGAUAGAGAGCAUGAAGAUAAAAGUCAUGUAGAGGAAGAGGAGAAUGAGUCGCUUGAGGAGGAGAGGAUACCAUGCAGGGACAUCAGGAAUGGACCGAGAAUUAUUGAAAUUACCGAAGAAAAUUGUGAUAGUUUUCACGAAAAUUUGGAAUUUUUUGGGAGAAAAAGAGAUCAUUCGUUGGAUAGACAUAAAGAUAAAAAUAAAAGUUAUAUUUCUGAAACUGGUAGUAUUGAACAAGAAGAUGAAACUAAUACAACGAGAGCUGUUGAAAAGUGCGAGACCGAAUUAGCCAAAGUAAAAGAUAUGACAGAGCUGCACAGAUAUGUGAGUUCUGUUUCAGAAGAUUUGGAAAUCAAUCAAAUUUUAAAACCAACAGAGGAUUCUACCAAAUCAAAAAUAGAAAUUAAUUCCAAUCACGAAUCGAAUUGUGAGAAAAGUCAUGAUGAUUGCCCUCAAACUCCUGUAUCUCGCCCUCAGAUUACUGUAAAGUCAUUUGAUAUGCCUAAUAUUGACUGUGACGAACAGAUGAUCGAAGCUAUUACUAUCAAACAAGAAGCAGACGAAACAGGAUAUGAAGACUGCUCUUACAGAUGCGAAUCAACAUCAACGACAGAGAAACCAAAAUGCCAAGAUUCGUUCAAGAAGUACUCAGUCGAGAAGUCUCAUCCUGGGAUUGAGAAUGUGGUGGAGAAGCUAAAAAAAAAUGCAGCUGCUGCUUUACAGGAAACAACAGCUCAAAAAAUAGAUGAUUCCAAGGAUAAAAAUGCGGAGAAUCUUCGAUCGAGAAAACAUUCAGAUAUUGUGCCGAGAAAAUUGGAGAAUGGUUUAAAGAAACAUAUUUUAAGAUCCUGUGAGAACUCUCCUUUUCUGGACAAACAUAAUGUUAAUCGGGAACCUGAAGUAUCUUCAUCAGAAACGGCACGAAUAGCUAAAGAUUCGCAAGAUAUUUCUAAAUAUUUAACAACAACUGAACACUCAUCUAAUUCUUCCAUGAAUAAGCAUCCUUUACCCAGAAACUAUUUCACAAACGAUAACAACAACGAUACUAGAAAUAGCAAUAAUAAUAUCAAAAUGAUAGAAGAUAAAGAUUCUGUCGUAAAGAAGGAAAAAUCUUUAUCUCCUGAGAUUUGCGAGUUGAUGGAAAUGAAAUAUACUAACAGUGAUGCCAUGUCCAAAAAAUAUAGACAAAUGGAAACAUCAGAUAAUUCAUACGCUUUAACGCCUGAUAAUCAAACAAUUAAAUCCAGAGCUAUGGUUAAUUCUAUGAUUAAUUCUAAACAAAAACCUACGGUUGACAUUAGCGGCCUCGAAUUACUAUCAAACAGCAUUGAACAAUUGGAACAUUUGAAACCGGAUUCUCAAAAUUCUGGUACAGUAUCUGAAUUAGAGAAAUCGCCUGUUAAAAGCAAGCUGAUUUCUCCGCAGGGAGAGAGUAAUAACAACAAUGUAGACAGUCCUUUGGGAUUGUUAUGUGCUCUAGCAGAACAGAGAUUUAUGGAGGAAGUGGGGGACAAAGUACCACGAAAGUUGAAUCUCGAAAGCUCAGAGGAAAUAUCGCAUGCUGGUAGAUUGUUGUUGAAUCUGGGCAGAGUGAAUAUACCGGAAAAAGAGGGAAAGACGACGGACAAACGGAAAUAUGUUCAGACAGAUAUAAAGAAUUACGAGAAUCCCAAAAGGUUCAAAAUGGAUGGCGAAUCUGAGGAUGAGGAAUGCAGUUCGUUGCAUUAUCAACAAAAUAAUAAUAACGAGAAGCAAUACGAUGAAAGAGUAGAAGAAGAUAUGAUGUUCAGGCUCAAAGAGACUACAAGGAGAAGUAUAGACUUUUCUGAACAAAAUGGUAUUAGUUCUGAUGAUGAGGAAGUUGCCAUGUUGAAAAAUGCUCCUCUUAAUAAGAAUGUAAAUUAUGAAAGAAACGAAAAUUUUGAAGAAUAUGAAAGACAUUGUGACCAGUAUCAAAUGAACGGAACAUAUAGCAGCAAAGAAUCUAUUGAUGGUAAUUUAUCGGAUUCUGAUAUGGAAAUAUAUGAUAAAAAAUCUUCUAAUGAAAAAAUAGAGAAGGAGGAUAAUAUAGAUAUUAAGAGGCGACUUUCUACAGAACACCGUGACUGUCAUGAUUAUAGGAACUUGCAAGCAAAACUUGAUGCAAAAAAAUUCAUUGCUCGAAAAGGACAUAUAGAUAAUGAAGCAGACUGGCCGAAUAUGGAUGCCAUGGAACUUGAUAUGAGAGUCAGAUUAGCUGAUAUUCAAAGACAAUAUAGAGAGAAACAAAAAGAAUUAUCUAAGUUGACUCCGAAAAAGGAUGAAAAGAAGAGUCCUGGUAGACCGCGAAAGAAGAGUCAUUCUUCCAGUUCGGAUCACGGACCUCUCGCAUCACCACCGAUUUUGGAACCAAUAUCUUCACCGCACAAAUCUCCACCACGAUCACCAGAUGGAGCUCCGCCACCACUAACUUCGACUGUCCUAGCUAUGCCAAGAUGUAAUGUGAAUUUAGUAAAAUUGGGCGAACAGAGAAGUCACAUUAAACUGUUGGAUAGUAUACCAAGCAUUCCGAUUCCUGUUCCACCAGUUGCCUCACCAAUUACCGUGUUACAAUCGAACAAAUCGUCGCAGGACGACGAUGAAAAAAGCACAGGAAGGCUUGGCUAUGACACAUCAUCUCCAGCUCCUACAAUUGCGAGUUCUAGUUCAGCUUCAAAAAAACGAAAGGUUGGUCGGCCUAGGAAGUUAAUGUGUACAUCCGGAAGUGUUAGACAUCUCACAGAAACAAUAGUUGCAAAAAAACCUAAAAGCAAGAGUUCUCUAGUGGGAUAUCUUUUGUCUUCGAAGAAUAGGCAUCUUCAAACGAAAUAUGUGGGUAAAACUGGUUAUACUCCAUUACCAUUUAAGACUACGUUAUCUUCCAUAAAAUCCUCUUCCAAGAAUCAUAAAUCAACAAAGUCAAAACCGAAGCCUGCGAAACAAACACCUUUGCAUAGCAAAAAUGUAAUUAGUUCGAUUAUUGCGGAAAAGGCGAAAUUAAGUCAAGAAGUAAAGUUAGAUAAACAAAGUAAAAUGAAACCAAAAUUGAAGGCUGAAGCAAAAGUGAAGACUUGGGAAGACGAUGAAUCUAGUAGCAUCACGGAGAAUAUGCCAGAAUCUACUGUGGAAGAAUUAACAAAGGAAAUCUCAGUGGAUAUUACCAAAUCAAUAGAAAAAGAAUCUGAAAAGAUAAGACACGAGAAAUCGAAAAAAAAGAAGCGAAAGUCGAAUUCAUCCUCACCGUCCAGACACAAAUCAAACGAUCGAGAUAAGAAAGAAUCGAAACGUCGAAAAUCACUCGAGUGCAAAGAAUGCAAAGAAUGCGCGAAAGCUGCUCGAGCAGAGAAAACGGAAAUCGUGAACAAAUGCAAAUUAACAUCGGCCCACUUGGGCAUAGACCAGCUAAGGGUUUUAACGGCUAUGGGUGGUCUAUUUUAUGCCGGAAGACUGAGCGCUGUUCAAGCACCUGACGUUUAUGCGAUUACGCUGGAUGGUGAAAGAGGCAAUAGACCUCAUAUUCAUUCCAGAGAGGAGAUACUACGAGAUGCGAUCGUGGAGAUUUGUCCUACUUCAACGAAAGAAUUACCACCUGGCACGAGACUGUGCGCUUAUUGGAGCCAACAAUAUCGUUGUUUGUAUCCGGGAACUUCGGUCGAACCCUCGGAACCUGAUCCAGAACUUGAUGAAAAAUUUGUCAGCGUGGAAUUCGAUGAUGGAGAUAGUGGAAGAAUUGCUUUGGAUGAUAUCAGAUUGUUACAGCCUGAUUAUCCUGUCGUUGAAUAUGAUCCUAAUCCUUUGUUAUCAUUGGGAAAACGUCGACGACAAACAUCAAUAUCAACAGAAGAUAAACGUUCGUCUAGCAAUAGUCAACCAUCUGUUUCUACAAAUAUAAAUAGCUCAAUAUCUACUGUUACAUCUACAACGAGUUGCUACGUUUCAUCAUCUGACACACAAUCAUUGGAGCGACACAAAUCGGACGAUAUAGAUGCCAAAGAUUUGGAAGAGUAUCGUGAAAGGAAACGUAUGAAGAAGAGAAGAAGAGAUAAAUUGAAGAGGUUGCAAGAAUCUCAAGAAGGAAAGAAGAAACACAGAAGACAUAAAUGUUGUGAAGAACACAGAAAGCAUAAACACAGGAAACAUCGUAAACAUAAACACAAACAUAGCCAUCAUAGUAGUUAUAGUGAAGGAAGUCAUAAUAGCAGUGGGGAAAGCUGUUGUGGUCAAAAGAGCGAAGAAGAAUUACCUAAAGAGACAGUAUCUAAGAUCGAUGAAGAAGAAGAAGUUGAAGAAGAAUCGGUUACUCAAGAAGAAGUUACUCUAGAACCGAUCAAAGAACCUGUUCAUGAAGAAAAGCCUGAAAAACCGAAAAAAACAGAUAAAAAGUCGAAAAUACGUGAACGACAAGAAUCAGUAGAAAGUCGGAGCAAAAUGGCAGCUUUCUUGCCAGCAAGACAAUUAUGGGGAUGGGCUGGAAAAGGUUACAGACGACCCGGGGCUAAAGGAAGAGCUAAAAAACAGUUCUUCCGUGCUAUACAACGAGGAACUGAAACAAUCCAAAUAGGUGAUAGUGCUGUCUUCUUAUCAACUGGCAGACCUGAUAGGCCUUAUAUUGGACGCAUCGAAUCUAUGUGGGAAACUUCGAGCUCCAAUAUGGUUGUCAAAGUAAAAUGGUUCUAUCAUCCUGAGGAGACCGUUGGAUGUCCAAAGAACUUAAAGUACCCGGGCGCUCUGUUUGAAUCCCCUCAUAUGGACGAGAACGACGUGCAAACAAUCUCUCACAAAUGCGAAGUAUUACCUCUUCAAGAAUAUACAGAGAAAUUGGGCAAGGAACCACAUAGAUAUUUGACCAUUUAUGACAACAACGACAUUUAUUACUUAGCCGGAUAUUACGAUCCAACAACGUACCUGUUAACUAUGCAGCCAGGAGUUGUUUGAGAACAGCUUAAGCUGACGAUUAAGUUAACGAGUGUUACUUAAUUGUUGUCAGCCAAUGAAUCACUGCGAAAUUAAAUGAAAUGCCAUGCCGUUCCUGUCAUGGUUGAGAUGUUACGUUUUCUAGCGAAAGGCUAGGAUCAUGAUUAUCAAAUCAUGGCGAAAAUAGACGAACGAAUCGAACAUUCGUCAAUUCGAAGGACAUUAAAGUUUAUAAUAUGAAAAAUCACCGUUUACUUCGAAUAAUAAUUUCGAUUUUCUAUAAAAUAAAAAUAAUAUUUAUGAUGCAAUUAACGAUACUAUCAUUCACAAUAUGCUUUUGAAAGGCAAUCAGUGUCAUCACAAGGCACAAGCGUUAUUUAUUAUUGCAAAAAAAAAAAACCAGAAAUACAUUGUUUCCAGUUGUAUUAUAUUUUUCCUCUUUUUCUAUGGUUAUUGCAUAUGUUGUUACGAUUGAUUUUUCUUUGAUCUAGAUUCUUUUUCCCAUUGAAUUAUAUAUAUAUACAUAUGCAAGUACAUUGUUUAUGCGAGAGAUAAUCGUUGUUAAUUUGAUACAUUUUCUAUUAGUGUUUCUUGCGUCUUUCAUAUCGUUCGAAGUUUCAACUGAGUUAUACUGCGUUUCGUUUCGGUGUUGAAAGAUGGAUUUUGACAGGAGAGAGAUACUUUCGCGAAUAUUAUUGUGAGUAUUUUCAUGACGAUACUUAUUCGCAUUUUACAAAUUGUGAAUCUUUCAAAUGAAGAGGCGUGCAAUGAUAAAGUUGUUUCGCUAUUUAUAUAGAAAUAUCUGAUUAUUUGUAUGCUAUCGUGAUAGAUAUAUAUGAUGCACGAAGACCGUGCAAUUGUUGCAAAAUUUCGUGGGAUCCAAAAGUUUACAUUUGAAAGGAGAGAUUUCCAUAUUUUCCGCGAAAUUUGAAUCCGAAGAAGGGGCUUGUGCCUUGUGUAUAACGAAGUUAAAAUAAAAAUGAAAAGCAGCUUAAUUUUUUCAAAAUUACGAGCUGAGUUUUUCAAUAUUUGGAUCACGCUUAUGAUGAAUAUUGAUAAAUAAUUACAAAAAACAAAUACAUAUAAAAGAUAUAUAUAUAUAUAUAUAUAUAUAUAUAUAUUAAAUAUGUAGAGGAGAGAUGCAAUAAAUAUACUGAGUGGCAUUAACGCGAAAUAAAUUACGAAAAGAAUAUUGAUAAAUGUUUUAUCAA